AUGCGUUCCCCGCCGCGCCGUCCUCCGCCGCGGCGGGUCUCUCGGGGCCCGGCUCCUUUUUAUGACACCGCUGGUAAGCAAGAAGAUGGACCAAUUUCUGGGCACGCAGAAUCUUCUCAUCCUUUGCAAGAUGCUCCUCAGGAGAACCGGCCUGUCAGCAAUGAAGACCGAGAGAUGUCGCAACAUGCCCUUCCAAGUGGUGAAGAUGAUGAAGAUGACAGUGAUAGUGACAGUGAUGAUGAUGACGUGAAAGUUACUAUUGGCAACAUUAAAACAGGAGCACCAUCGUACAUGGGAACUCCUAUGAAUCUAAACUUAAAAACGGGUAGAGGCUAUGGAGCAUCUGCUUCAGCCAAGUUGCAGCCCAAAGGUAUUGACUUGGAUGCUGCAGGGAAUAUAAAUGGAUUGCCUGUUAUAGAAGUGGAUUUAGAUUCAUUUGAAGACAAACCGUGGAGGAAACCAGGUGCUGAUCUUUCUGAUUACUUUAAUUACGGAUUCAAUGAAGAAACAUGGAAAGCUUAUUGUGAAAAGCAGCGACGGCUUCAGCUUGGACUGGAUCCUGCUCCUCCCAUCAGCACUGAAAAUAAGAUCACAGUUCAGCAAGGAAGAACAGGAAAUGCUGAAAAAGAAGUGGAAAACAACAUCAUCAAAACAGAAUUCAAAACAGACUUCUUGGCUCUGGUGGGAGGGCGCAUGAAGGCUGGGCCUCCUCCUAAUAGGAAGCUGGGUGGAACAAUUGAUGUGAUCGGUGGCCAGGCAGGCACAAUUAGGAGAGUAGAAGGAAGACGUCGUGAUAAGCAUGCCUCUGAGGAAAACCCAAUUCAGGUCCUUGGAGACCACGGAAGUAAGCCACAACCCCCACAGCAGCCCCAGCAGCCAUCACAGCCCCAACAGCCACCUCAGCAGCAGCCGUUUGCACCACCAGCAGGCCCACCGCCUCCCCCGCUCGCUGGGCCACCUCCGCCACACUUCCUCCACCCUCCUCCACCAGUUACUUCUGUUCCACCUCCCCUGCAUCCUCCAGGUCUGCCACCACCCGGUCCUAUUCCAGGGUUGUUCCCGCCUCCUCUGGCACCACCACCAGCUCUCCUCAUUCCAACCUUGGAUGGCCAGCCAGCCAGCUACAAUAACAGGCAGCCUCCUCCAUUUGGCUACAACUCUGCAGAUUCAGGUUUCAUCAGCUACCCACCCAUCUCCACGUCCCACACGCCCUGGGUGACGACGGUGGACAAAGGCACAAGCAGUUCCAGCAGCAGCCAUUGGGAGUACUCAGGCUCGAGGCGUGAGAGGGAGCGGGAGCGGGAAAGGGAAAGGGAAAGGGAGAGAGACAGAGACCGCACUCCGACCACUAGUGAAUACAACAAUGAUGAUGAACGAUACCGCUACUACAGCCGAGAGCGCAGCUACGACUUUGAGCGCGACUACCGCCGGAGUCGAGAUCGCAGCAGGGAGCGAGAGGAUCGACACCGAGAGCGCAGGCACAGAGACAAAGAGGAGAGCAGCAAGCAUAAGUCUUCAAGACGCAAGCAACAUGAGAGCGAGGAGGGGGAGAGUCAUCGGCGUCACAAGCACAAAAAGAACAAGCGUAGCAAAGAGGAGAAGGAGGCCAGUGAAGAUGGUGCCCAGGAGGGAGAGGAGCAGGAUGCCAAGGAGUAACCCAGGCCCACCGUCAGCUGUCAGGAGGAACUUACUCCUUUUGAACCAGCGUGGCAUUGGUGAUGCUUUGUUUUGGGGGGUUGAUUAUUUUUU